CCAAUGAAGGAAGCUUAUCUACUAUUUUUCCGGGGUUUCACCGACGAUCCAAUAAAAAAGCCAUGGACAAAACUUUCGCUGCAACUCCACCGCACGAGACGUCGAACAUACGUGCGUACGUACGAUUGUUUACACAAUCCCAUAUAUAAGGAGGAAGCACGAGAGUUUGACAAUCUCAGUUCACGAUCUCACGUCGAUCGAGAGUAUUACUCAGUGCCUUAUCAUUAUCACUUUUCCCGACUCGACGAGACCGUUAGUGAACUGCAAAGAGUAAACGUGGAAAAUCUGCGACAAUAAAUUCGAACAUGUUCCUUGGGAAAGUUUACCUAAUCUCAACUGUCUUCGCCGUUGCAUUCGCGGCUCCGAGUACAUCCAGGUCGAUGCCAAUGUGGCAUCUACCAUGUGGAGAACUUAAUAUGCAAGUUGUGCCUUUUGAAAACCUCAACGAGGAAAUAAACACUAUCUUCGAGAACCUCAGACUGCAACACCAGCUGACAAUGAAUGACUACUUGAAUCGGGACUACAAGUACCUGUACGAGAGAGUUAGGAUCGGCGUCGACGACCAUCAGUACAUACCUAAUUGGGUACCUGGUCAAAAGGAUGUGAAUCUUGUAAAAAAACUGACCAACGCUAAUACUGAAAUGAUUGUUAACCAUUUCCCGAAGUUGCACUUGGAUCUCCAGAAAUUCGCAGUGGCGUUCGAGGAAUUGAUCGAGGACGAGCCUAGCCCUAAAGUUCAGCAAGCUCUUAGAACGACUCAAUCAUACUUAAAGAUGAUGUUAUGCGAAAUCGAAAGCACCAUUAUGUCGUUGCCCUCCAUACAACUUCCUACACGCGUGCAACGAAGCAUCAUGAGCCACACCGAGCGAAAUCCUAUCGAUGAGACACGGAGACUGAUCAGAGAUUGGGGCGUGAUUCUCAAAUACCGAGACUAUUUACAUGCUUGGAGGCACGUAUUCAACUAUUAAACAUAAGGAAAAGAAGUAUUUAAAUUGUCGUCAGCGGAUAAUCGAUCGUCAGAAGAUGACACAAGAUAACGUAUCAAACUAUCGAAAAGCAUAUGCAAUCGAUGUAAAUUGAUUUAGCACCUGCGCGAUUGUAACUAUAAAAUCGUGUCAUUAUCUGCAUGACGGCGUAGUAAAUGACAGGAAUUAUUGACAAUAAUCGUUGAUCAUGUAGCGAAAACUAUGAAUUCGCUUAUGAUCCGUGACAAUUUCUCAAAAUUAUUUAUUGAAGCUAUUAUUUAUUAUUGCGGUUUACGCUUGAACAUGUAGCGCGUAGUAUUUAUUCUUAGCAAAUUAUUUAUUUGGUAUAUAAAUUAUUUAAUUAUUUAUUCGCAUCGAUAGUACCUUUAUCAAUUGUGCCUUUUGUGAAAGGUGCUUUGUAACCGGUAUCAGCCUGUAAGAACUCUCGGUUACAUUUUGUGAUAAUCAGUCACGAUGAUAAUCGUAUUUGUUGUAUUAUUGUGACACAAGUGAUAUGUAUCACUUUUAGAUUAUUUAUAAAAAACACUGUAAAAAAGACGAUUUUUAUUUCGCGCAGUAUUAUAUAUUUAUAAUAG